UCACAACAGUGGACGUGCGGUUGUUACAGUUACGUGAAUGGGAGGGGGCCAACUGGGGUCUAUUUGUUAAACGUAAAAACGUUUUUUAAAGUUAUGGUUUAUUGUUGAUUUAUAUAUUGAGAACGGAUUACAUUUUGGUUUCAACAGAGGCAUAUCUUUAUAGGAGUUUAUUAUCUUUUUAACUGUGGAGUGUUUUUUUUAGUUUUCUUUUUUUUUUUUUUUUUUAGUAUCACCAGCAGCAGCUGUGCGUGUGUGGCUGUGUGGCUGAAAGAGAACACCAAUAAUAAUAAUAAUAAUAAUAAUAAUAAUAAUGCCACGGGAGAACAUGGCCUCUCUGAUCCAGAAAAUUGCCAGGCAAGCCCGGAAAACUUUCAAAAACUGCGCUUCGCCCCCGAUCGGAGAGAACAGCAAGGUUUUUUUGGAGAACCAGGCGAAACUCAGGAACCUCCUGCACGAAAUCCGGGCGGAAGAUCUCAACAUUGCACCCAGGAAGCUCGACCCUUCUCCUAUCUCUGUCCCUCACAACCCUCCCGUCACCUACAUGCAUAUCUGCGAGACUGGUGCAUUCAGCAUGGGGGUCUUUCUGUUAAAAGGCGGGAGUUCAAUCCCUUUACAUGACCACCCCGAGAUGAACGGCAUGCUGAAGGUUCUCUACGGGAAAGUCAGCAUCAGUUGCUUUGACAAGUUGGAUAACCCGUCUGAUGCCGCCAGUGAGGUGCAGUUUAACCCACCUGUGCUGCCCUAUCAAAAGGACGCCCUGAGGAGGUCUAUACUCCGGUCUGUCGGGGAAUACACAGAGCACAGCGGGCCUUGCAUCUUGACUCCCAAAAAAGACAACUUGCAUCAGAUUAAUGCCGUGGACGGACCUGCUGCUUUUCUGGAUAUCUUGGCUCCCCCGUAUGACCAGGAUGACGGCAGAGACUGCCACUAUUACAAAGUUCUGCAAAACGGAGACGAGAAAUUGGAGGCAGGAGAGCAGAAAGAAAUGUGGCUGCUAGAAAUCCCGCAGCCCUCCGAUUUUUGGUGUGGCGCAGAGCCUUAUCCGGGCCCCCAAGUUACUCUCUAAUUAAACGGGAAAGAAAGGGUUAAUACAAUACAAACUGUACUAUAUCAGAACAUUCCAAACGGAGUUUAAUAACAAUUGCUGUAAUACGAAUUGAUCUACUGGAGUAAAACGCGGAUUCUCAGGAUCUACCUAUGUAAGAUUGACUCGCUAUGGUUUUAUUACAGGAAAAUUAAUCGAUAUGCUUCAAGUAUUACCCUGCAUGGCAGUUUGUAUUUUGUGAAAACUCCCUUUUCAAGCACCUACAUGAAAGUUAAAAAGUAUUAAUUGUAUCACGUUACUUGCUCGUUCUAUUGUUAAUAGUUAAACACCUAAUACAGUACAGUGCUUUCCAAACCAUUUACCACAGUUAACUUCGAAGUGUGAAAUUACAAAUCUUAUAGCCUUAAGCUGCAUUUAAUUUAUUGGUAGUCGAUAUUACCUUUUUUGUGUAUCAUUUAUUAGUGUGAGCAACAACAAUAAAGUCUGCACUCUAUA